AAGAAGUAAACAACAAACGUCAACUUUAAUUUGAAUAAGCAGCUUUUUGAUAAAAAAAAAAAAUGAAGUCGUUUAUGGGUGCUAUUAACGUAGCCUACACAAUUCUGUUGCUGAUUUUACUCACAAAAUUUAGUGUCGCAGAGGAACAUGAUAAGAAUCGUCGUGGCGCUAACAUGGGACUCUAUGCCUUCCCACGUGUAGGACGCAGUGAUCCAAGUUUGGCCAGCAAUCUGCAUGAUGCCAGCGAUUCCUUUGCUUACGAGAGCAUCUAUGGCAUAGGCGAAGUAUCCGCCGAGGAUAUAGAAGAUUACCAGAAACGUGCCAGUUAUUUGCCAUUUCCUCAUUUGGGACGCAACGAUGCUGAAAUGAGGAAAUUGGCACAUUUUUUGGCAUUGCAACAGGCCCUGGAUAAACGCACCGGACCAAGUGCAUCAUCUGGUUUGUGGUUUGGUCCACGUCUAGGCAAACGCAGUGUCAGUGCCAAGGAUUAUGCUGCUGCCGCUAAAGGCCAAAAGGAAGGGUACUAAACGAUUAUUAUGGCUGAACUUACACUGAAAAGUGCUCGAGAUCGAAAUGAAAAUGCACUUGUACAAGAUAAUAUUUGCCUUUAUAGGGCUUUUAAAUUUUACUCAUACUAAAUAUGAUUUCUUGAUUAAAUUUUAAAGAGAUCAAAUAAUUAAAAAAAUAUUAAAACGGGAACAUAAUUCUAUAAUAAAUACAAAAAUAACUCAUGGGCUGGUGAGAACUUUUUGUUAAAGACACUAUAAAAUAUUUGUAUUUAAAAUAUGUAAAUACAAUAUUAUGAUAUUUAU